CAGCAAAGAGCUGCUGUUGCAGCCGGUGAUCAUCAGCAGGAACGAGAAGGAGAAGGUCCUCAUCGAGGGCUCCAUCAACUCCGUGCGCGUCAGCAUCGCGGUGAAGCAGGCCGAUGAGAUCGAGAAGAUCUUGUGCCACAAAUUCAUGCGCUUCAUGAUGAUGAGGGCUGAGAACUUCUUCAUCCUGCGCAGGAAGCCCGUGGAGGGCUACGACAUCAGCUUCUUGAUCACAAACUUCCACACGGAGCAGAUGUACAAGCACAAGCUGGUGGACUUUGUCAUCCACUUCAUGGAGGAGAUUGACAAGGAGAUCAGCGAGAUGAAGCUCUCUGUCAACGCCAGGGCCCGCAUCGUGGCAGAGGAGUUCCUCAAGAACGUGAGGCUCUGA